AUGCAUUUGAUGUACACUUUAGAUAACGAAGGUAAGAGGAUUUACACUUUAAAGAAAAUUACAGAAUCUGGUGAAAUCACAAAAAGCGCUCAUCCAGCCAGGUUCAGUCCAGAUGACAAGUACUCUAGACAAAGAGUAACUUUAAAAAAAAGAUAUGGCUUAAUUCCAGGAAAAAAAUAA